AAGCAAUCCAAUCAUUCGUCUCACAAAUUAUAUAGAUUUCUCGUCUUCUUCAAUGUAUAUCCCGCCAUUGAUGGCUUGUUCUGCAGCAAUAUAGAGUCACCAUGCUGCAAAGCACUUUCUUACCACGUCUCACAAGGAGCCUCGGCAAAGCGUCCAGGCAAUGCUCGAGGAGUUUCUCAGCAAAGGGAGCAGUAGAUGAACCCCGACUACCACUUUCUGGAACGAGGAUUUUGGACUUGACGAGAGUCUUAGCAGGGCCAUACUGUACGCAAAUACUGGGAGAUCUUGGUGCGCAAGUGCUGAAGAUAGAACAUCCGACUCGUGGCGAUGACACUCGACAAUGGGGUCCUCCCUAUGCACCCAAUCUGGACGGCAAGCCGGGGCCUGGCGAAAGUGCAUAUUACCUUUCAGUAAAUCGCAACAAGAAGUCCAUUGGAGUCUCAUUCAAAGACCCGAAAGGUGCAGAUCUGAUCCGCCAAUUAGCCCUCCAAGCAGACAUCUUCGUAGAGAACUACUUACCUGGUACGCUCAAGAAGUAUGGCUUGGAUUUCAAGACGUUGAGCGAAGCGAAUCCGAAGCUCAUUUACGCGAGUGUGACGGGAUAUGGCCAGACAGGUCCAUACAGUAAUCGAGCGGGCUAUGAUGUUAUGGUGGAAGCGGAGAUGGGACUCAUGCACAUUACAGGAACACGUGAUGGUCCUCCUGUCAAAGUCGGCUGCGCCGUGACGGACUUGACUACAGGCCUAUAUACUGCAAAUAGUAUCAUGGCAGCAUUGCUUGGGAGGGCAAAAACAGGAGAGGGCCAGCACCUAGAUGUUUGCUUGAGUGAUUGUCAAGUUGCAACAUUGUCGAACAUGGCAGAGUCGGUGCUCAUUUCGGGCAAAAGAGAUACGGGGCGAUGGGGGACUUCACAUCCAUCUGUUGUGCCUUAUCGAUCGUUCCGAACCUCAGAUGGAGAUAUCUUAUUCGGGGGUGGAACUGAUCGUCUAUUCGGCAUUCUAUGCGAAGGUCUCGGUAAACCAGAAUGGAUCAAUGACGAGAGAUUUGCAGUCAAUUCCGGUCGAGUAGCGAAUCGAAACUUGCUUGAGCCAUGGAUAGAAGAAAUCACCAUGUCGAAGACAACGCAAGAGUGGCUAGAGAUCUUUGAUGGGACUGGAUUACCGUAUGCCAAAGUCAACGAUUUGAUGGAUACAUUGAAUCAUGAGCAUGUGCUUGCGAGAGGGAUGGUCAAGGAGAUCGAUCAUCCAAUUUGUGGACCAAUGAAGCUGAUCAACACACCUGUCAAGUAUUCAUACUCGACUCCUGGAAUCAGAACACCACCGCCUACGUUGGGACAACAUACCGAUGAGGUGUUGAAAGAUGUACUCAGUAUCAGCGAGGCGGAUAUAAAGGAUCUUAGAAUGGAAGGUGUCGUGGGCUAGAAAGAGAUUGAAUCAAAUGUUUGAAUCUAAGUGGAUAUGGUUAAACCAUCCUUCAUGGCAUCUUUGGAUCUGGAAAGUGACUCGAGGUUAUCACAUCUUUCUUAGUCCCUACCUGGCUGAAAACUCGCAC